AUGAUAGGCGGUCAGCACAAGAAGGAACGCAUCAGUGAGCGGCUCCAAAACUGCCAGAAUCAGCCAAAGAACCGCUGCUACCUUCCGGGCACGCAGUUGCUGACAGGCGGAUAUAGUACCAAAACAUUACAGGGUAACUGGAGUGAGGAACGGGCGGAUGCCGGCUACUACGACGGAAAGGCAAUUGUUCCAACACAUCUCUCCAAAAUUUGGACGACGGAGUACACAGUCAUGACAAACCAUGCAAUGAAGAGGGCUCAGGAGCAGGCGCCCGUCUUUGAUCAGGCAACGUUGGUUGAUAUUGUGGACCGCAAUCACCGUGCAUAUCCCACUCAUCAGCCGCACCUCGACCCUCAACUUCCAAAAUUGAAGGAAGAGGCGUUUAAAACAACAAUGAGGACCUCGUUUAACCACCCGCAGGAAGUUAAGCUGCGUGAGGAGGCGUAUGUCCGACCAGUUAUCGGAAACACACCUGCCGCCCAGGCCAGGGCAAUCAUAAUGCGCUUUCGGCGGCAGCUGCUGAUUUCAAUGGAAGGACAGUCCGCUUUUCCGGGGAACGUGCUCCGGCAGGUGCGCCUCGCGCUGGAGAGGAAUGAUGUCGUCGGCAACGGAGUGCUCAACGUUGAGGAGACAUUUCGCGGCUUCACUGAGGCUGGUGUAGAGACGAGUAUACCGGAGUGUGUUGCUCUUGUUCGCGGACUUGACAUGAAGGGUGAUAACAUGCUCUCGAUUCGUAAGGUCAUGGAUGAAAUGCGUGGGGAGGAACGGGAUCGCCGGUACAGUAUUAUUGAGGGUGUGUAUGAGUUGCUGAAGAAGCUGUGCAGUAAUGGGGUUGUGCGGCUACACCACCUCGUCGAUCUGAUUGAUGUCGACUCCAUGGAGUCGGUGUUAAACGGAACUGUGUCUUCUGCUGACGCUCUCCGCGCGUUUACCACCCAGUGGGAUCUGCCUUUGGAGGCACACAUCAGCUUUGAAACGUUCCACACCUUUUUUAGAGAUUCUUCGUUUGAGCUGAAAACCGAUCAGGAAUUCGAGAUCCUCAUGCGCAACGUGUGGCACCUUAGUGGAGGUAAUGGAAAGAAUGUAAACACAUCAUGCCGGAGAUUAAAUGUGGUGCAUAAGGAUGGACGUGCCAGCGUACAGGAAGUUAAGGAUGAUCUAGAUAUCAAAGAUGAUGACCCGAAUUUGAUGGAGCGUAUUUUGGCCAACCUGGCGACGCAGGGAAUAAAGGAUGUUUCCUCACUGACCAUCAUCCCGAAACGCCGAUGA